GCUCUCUCACAGAGUGCACGGGUUCUCUGCACUCUAAAUUUGCUCUCACUGACAGGGAACAAGAUGACAUGGCGCUAUGAAGCUUAAUCUCACUCUGAUGCCUCUUCUGGGUACACCUCUGUAAUUCUGGAGCCAGAAGUAGGCUAUGCAAUUUUCUUGGCAGCUAAAGUAAUUGGUGACAGGCUGUGCCUGCUUGCAUACUUGCAACAUUAUUGGUAUUUUUUCGGCGCUCUGUGAGCCUCACAACAUGUAUAAGUUAUGCAUUGUCAUCGUCAUGUGCUGUGCGUUUUUACCUUGGGGCUCUGCUGCGCCCAGGACCUGGGGUGCAGAUCCCAGGUCAGAAUUUGAGAGCGAGGUAGAGCAAAAUGCCAUGCUGCAGGAGGAGACAGAUGGCCAGGAGAGCAUCCUCUCUAAGCUGCUGGGUGAUUAUGACAAAGUGAAAGCCCUCUCGGAAGGCUCUGACUGUCGGUGUAAAUGUGUUGUCAGACCCCUGAGCAGGAGCGCCUGCCGGCGGAUAGAAGAAGGGAGCGCCACUGCGCAGGACUUCUACACUGUGGAGACUAUCACAUCUGGACCAGAGUGCAAGUGCGCCUGCAUCGCUCCUCCGUCAGCAGUCAACCCAUGCGAGGGAGAGUUCAGGCUGAAAAGACUUAGAGAAGCUGGGAAAGAGAAUGUCAAGCUUUCCACCAUUCUGGAGCUGCUGGAGGGCUCUUUCUAUGGCAUGGAUCUACUCAAGCUACACUCUGUUACCAAUAAGCUGCUGGAUCGCAUGGACAACAUUGAAAAGGCAGUGUCUCAGAACCACACCGCUGAUGAGGUGAAGGCCCAGAAGACCCCUCAGAUCCUGGCACACACGACUGAAAGCCCAUCCACCCCUCCUCCGCAACGACACCAGGACCAGAAGAGACUGGGUGGGGUCAGCACGGCGGCAGUAUAUCGAGACCCAGAUGAAAAGUACGAGGAGAAGUUUAUUGGGGAAAGUCCUUCCUUCCGACAGACGGAUCAUUCUGCUCAGAUCAUUGAGGUCAGACCUCAGGUGACUUUCAAAAAUGGGGCUAACAAGGAGGCUUCUCAGGUGACGAAGACCGGCCCCAACGGAAUGAUCAUAAGAGGAAUGACUUUUUAUAAAUCUGAGCCAGAUCCGAUGGUGGCCGAUGACGGGGAACCUGGAGAGAACUUUUUUGAAUAUCAUGAAUUAAGUGGUGAUGGCCCUAACCUCAUCGACGAGAAUCUUCUACAACACCGAGCCCCUCGCCCCAGGACGAGAGCAGGACCCAGAUCAUCUCGACCCAAGACAGCAGGUCCUGUGCAUGCUUCCACAGAGACCAGCCAAUCGACAAAACCGAAAGAAACUGAGCCCACCUCAGAUAUCCAUAAUGAGUUUUUGAUUGGAGCCACAUCAGUGGAUGUGUCUACAGACAUACCGAGUGACGCAUCCAGUGUCACGUUUGGAUCAACCACUACCACACAAAAAACCAGGACCACAGAGACUGCACCCCAAACUACUCAGAGAGUCACUGCUGGAGUCACUAAGUGGCCAAACCUUUUGAUGGCUGAACCAGCCAGUACUUCUUCAAGCACCACUGCAAAGCAAUCCAACCUUGCCGUCCAAACCCAACCUUCCGAAAAUGUAGCCACAAAUGAAGUCCUGACAGCGUUCACAACAGGAAAUAUACCAACCACCGUGAUGGAAAUCUCAACCCAGGAGGUAAAAGACCAAAUGCAAACCAUACCUGCCAGGGCUGAAUCUUAUUCAAGCACUCCUGCACCGAGCACAACCACAGAGGUUCCAACCACCAGCCCGACUUCCACGAUGACUAUCACAACCUAUGCUGCCACGACCUCAGCACCAGUACACCUCACAACAGCUUCCACUGCAGCUAGAACCACACAGGCUGCUACCACAGCACCAGAAGAACAAUCCACCUACUUCUCAGAGACGACUUUGCCUCCAACCACACAGAGACUGACCACUUUGUCUCCCCAAACUUCUCAGCCUUUCACCACACCUGAGACUACCUCUUCUUCGGCCCCAACCACCACCAUCACCACUACUACUACCACCACCACCACCACCACCACCACUACCAGGCAGGCUGCUCAAGUCAAACCAAAACACAAAAUCAGCUGGGAAGAGGAAGAGAUGGAGGAGGGACAUCCAGAAUUACACGAACCAAUGCAAAGGCAGGAGGAAUCUCCACCGAGAAAACCUGGGGAGUGUAAGGACACUUUGGCAACAAUCUCAGAGCCGGUAACUCACAACACCUAUGGCAAGAAUGAAGGGGCAUGGAUGAAGGAUCCAAAGUCUGGUAAUGACAAGAUUUAUGUCACCAACUUCUACUAUGGAAAUAACCUCCUGGAGUUCCGCAACCUGGAUGUUUUCAAACAAGGUCGUUUUACCAACUCAUACAAGCUUCCUUACAACUGGAUCGGCACAGGCCACGUGGUGUACGACGGCGCUUUCUACUACAACCGCGCCCUCUCCCGAGACAUCAUCAAGUUUGAUCUGCGGCGGCGAUACGUGGCCGCCUGGACGAUGCUGCAUGAUGCUCUGAUGGAAGAGUCCUCGUCACUGUGGGAGUGGCGCACACACUCAGAGGUUGACUUUGCCGUGGACGAAAGCGGCCUGUGGAUCAUCUACCCGGCGCUGGACGACGAGGGCUUCUUACACGAAGUGGUCGUUCUGAGUCGACUGAACCCCACAGACCUCAGCAUGCAGAGGGAGACCACCUGGAGGACCGGGCUCAGGAGAAACCACUACGGAAACUGCUUCGUCGUAUGCGGCGUCCUGUAUGCUGUUGACAGCUACAACAAAAAGGACGCCAACCUGGAAUAUGCCUUUGACACGCACACAAACACUCAAAUGAUUCCCAGGAUGCCCUUCACCAACAACUACACCUACACCACGCAGAUUGACUACAAUCCCAAAGAGGGUGUUCUGUAUGCGUGGGACAACGGACACCAAGUCACUUACAACAUUAAGUUUGCAUAUGUAGACCCUUAGUAAGGGUUUGACAGUAGUUAUUAUUUUAAAAAGUUAAUUCUAUGGUUUAAAUGGAUUGUAGAUCAGUCCACGUGGCCGUCACUAUGGAGACAAAUGGGAGCCAAAUGUACAAAUAUACUUAAAUGUAUUGUGACUAAAUUGAUUUGUUCUUAUAAAGAUCCUUUUUUUUUUACCUGAAAUAAAUGAAACGAUGAGCCUGAUUCCUCAGUCAAUGCAUCCAGUUGUACUGUAUAUAUUGUAAUACUGUAAAAAAAAAAAAAAAGCAAAAAAAAAAGCCCUAUGAGAUAAAUGAAUGUAGAAAGAACCAGUUAAUAUGUUGGGUCAAAUAACACUUUAACAAUCCACAGAAGCAUACCCUUUGAGCAAAUCCCAUUUUCUUCUGUUUUAUAAGCAUAUUUUUGUAUCACCUUUUCUUUGCAUCAUACAGUUUGCCGUACAGGACCUCUGAUGUGGUAAUAUCACAGGUAUUGCUGUUGACUUGUGUCUUGUGAAAGCACUUACUCCCUCCAUAUCAGACUGUUU